AUGUCGACAAGCUAAAGGGGAUGAAGUGGCUGCUAGCAAUGGUCAGCAAGGGGCGAGACGUGAGCGAGUUCUUUUCGGACGUGGUGAAAAACAUGGCGGUCCGCUCUGUUGAGGUGAAGAAGAUGGUGUACAUCUACCUGGUGCACUACGCCGACAACGACGCUCAAUGCCGCGAGCUGGCGCUCUUGUCCAUCAACUCUUUCCAAAAUGAUCUUCGGGGAUCUAAUCAGCUGGCAGUUCGUGACUGCGCCGCCGACAGCUCUCCCUACGUUCGCAAGUGCGCGGCGAAUGCGGUCCCCAAGAUUUUCGUGCUGGACCCAGAGCAGGCCCCCCAGCUUUGGCAGGUGGUCGAACAGCUGCUCAAGGACAGCAACACGAUGGUACUUGGAAGCGCUGUCGCAGCGUUCACUGAGAUGGCUAUGCUGGCGGCUCUCCAGCGGUACGUGCGCAGCCACUUCACUAACCCCCAGCGCGGGUUCAGCGAUGCAGGGGGUAUCAGCAAGUCUGCGGACUCAAACUCAAACCAGCCUCCCCGAAAGGUGAAGCGACGUGUGGUGAAACGUGCCUUCUACUCUAGCGAGGAGGACGAAAGCACGGAGGAAGAGUUCGAAGAAAAGAACAACUCCGUCGUUGCACCUGAGGUGGGUUCGGUGUUCACGACGAGCGAUGCUGAUCUUGGCGCGGACCUGGACCCGGACCAUCGCUUGCUCCUCAGGUGUUCUCUGCCUCUGCUCAAGUCGCGCAACAGUGGUGUAGUGUUAGCGGUGUGCACGGCACAUUUCUACUGCAGCUCACGAACUGGCAGCACCAUGAACCAAAUAGCGAAGGCGAUGGUGCGCAUCCUGAGGAAUCGCCGAGAGAUCCAGUUCGUGGUGUUGGAUGCCAUCAGAACGAUGGUGGCAGAUAGCCCGUCGGUCUUUCGGCCCUUCCUGCAGGAAUUUUUCGUGAAGGCGGCAGACCCAUUGUUCACGUGCACCCUGAAGCUCGACGUCCUCACCGCGCUUGUGACCAAAGAAAAUUGCGCCACCAUUCUAGGAGAGCUGCAGACCUAUGUACUCCACAGGGACAAGAGUUUCGUGUGCGCUGCGGUGCGCGCGGUGGGGCGUGUCGCAGACGCCAGGCCGGAGGCUGCGGAUCAGUGUCUGCACGGGCUUCUGACGCUCGUGACGUGCAGCAAGACGAGCGUGGUGGUGGCUGAGGCGGUAAUCGUGCUGCGGCAGUUGCUCCAACAGAACCCCAACUUUCAGGGCUCGGGGGACAUGGUGCGACGGCUCUCGGUGCUUCUGCUGCAGUCGUUCCUUGAGCCUUCCCUCGAAGAAGUAAAGGGUGGAGGCAGAGCAGGCGAGAAUGAUCAGGGCGGCGGUAACGCCCUUGCGGUGGCGAGCGCAGCCAGGGCCAGCCUCGCACAACCCGGCGCCAGAGCAUCCAUAAUCUGGACCCUCGGUGAGUAUCACCAGCACAUUUCGGGAGUCGCGCCGGAUGUUUUGAGGGUGCUGGCGAAAGCUUUCCCGGAACUGGAAGAGGAGGUCAAGAUGCAGGUCCUUAACUUCUCCGUCAAGCUUGCUCUGCGACAAGCGGAGGACACGCGAGUGCAGUCACUGGCGUCGUUUGUGCUUGAGAUGGCCAGGUUUGACCUAUCGCACGACCUCCGGGACAGGGCUCGUUUCAUGACGGCGAUGCUUGGGCUAGCCACCGCUGACGAAGGGGUCGACGAGGCGUCCUUGUUGGCGCUUCACGCCAAGGCUGGACAGGUGCUUCUAAAACGCCGACCACCACCGGUAGCAGACAGUGGCGGGAACGGGAAGUCCACAGCCGAGGCAGGGUCCCACCUCGUGCUCGGUACUCUCUCCGCCAUCAUCGGCCACCCCAUCAACGGAUACCUCCCGAUUCCUGAUUGGUGCAGCGUGCAGCCGGACGGUUCGGCGAGAGAGCCUCCGAAAGAGGAGCCACGAGCAUUGACACCUCCCGCUCGCAGUAGCGGUGCCAAGGGUAAGGGGGGUCAGGUCAACAGCGAUUUCUACUCUGGAAGUGGCAGCGGGAGCGACAGUGAGAGUGAGAGCGGCAGCGGCAGCGGUAGUGGGAGCAGUCCCGAGUACGGCACGGAAGACGGAUCUGAAUCGGACUCGUACGAUUCAGCUUCGACAUCGGGAGGAGAGGAGGAGUCUGGGUCUGAAAGUUCAGACUCUGAAGAGUCAGGAUCAGGUUCAGAAGAAUCGUCGGACGACGAAGACGAUGAUUCGGACUCGUCUGUGGGAAGUAGCAGUAGUUACUCCACUUCGGGUGAUGACAGCGAGAGCAGUGGGACCAAGGGGGAGGAGGGGGUGGGCCUCCUUAUUAUGGGGCCAGGCUGUUCGACCAGCAGCGCUGCCGCCACGACGUAUGGUGCCAGCGCGCCCGCUCCGCAUACUCAAGAUCUGACUGGCCUCGUAGAAAGAAUGAGCGUCGCCGAUAGGGAAGACAGCGCAUCUCCUCGAUUGGGAGUGCCAGCAGGGGCGGGGUUGGCAUCGCUCAGCACGGCGGGGAUCAGAGGACCGGCGGCUCCUGCGCUGGGCGCUGCCGGAGCCAUGUCGCUGGGGCGAACGUCAUCCACAAGCUCUGUCCUAAUCGCUGAUCCGGAGGGAGACACAAGCGCUUCGUUCCCGUCUACGCUGUUGCGCCAUCAGGCUGGCGGUGGGCUGCAAGUGGACUACCGCUUUUCUCGCGGAAGGGCGAGCGCCUUGUCUCGGCCGUCCACAACCCUAACUCUACGCCUGUCGUUCACUAACCACGGCGAGACACCGGUGCGACGCAUCCGCGUCGUUGCCCCGCGAGACGGAACGCCGAUGGAGGCAUUUCCGGAGAUACAGAUGUUGCCAGCAGGGGCCACGCAGACCGCAAACUUGGGCAUUGACUUUGGCGGCAAGGCGAAAGAUGUUCGUUUCGAGUUGAAGACAGACAGAGGCAGCUUCAUGGUUUCUCUCGAGCCUCCUCCAGAGGAGCUGCUGUUCCCGGAGCCAGUUUCGAGGGCAGAGUUCCGACGGGUUCAGGGUUCGCUGGGUGCACUUGAUCGCGACUCAGUGGAUUGCCAGAUCCCAGCCGCCGACAUAUCGAGAGUUCCAUCACGCGUUCUUCGAGCAGUGAAUGCGGCGGUGGUGGCGAGUGACACCGUCGAGGAGUCGUGUUGGUGGUUCUCGGCGUGCAGCCUGGCUGGAUCCAUGUCGGAACGUGUUUUCAUCAAGGUCGCCGCCGACGGCGGUUCGGGGAAGGUUGUGGUCAACGUGUACUCCGACAACACCAUGUUGCCUUCCAAGUUAAUGAGACCCAUCAAGAAAGCUGUAGAGGAAAAUAGUCGGUAAAGAAGCACAGACAGUUGCUUUCAGGUGUUGAUUGAAGUUCUAACCCCGUUUAUCUUGGAAAGUGAGGCGUGCUAGAGUUGCGUGGUGAUGAUUUGUGUUAGUAUUUGGGUACACAGUUACUUU